UCGGCCCCGCCUGCCCGCGCCGGGAACGCGCCUGCGCGCUGACGUCACGUCCUUUCCUCCUCCCGGCAGCCGUUCGAGAUGGCGGACACGCAGACGGAGCGGGCCUACCAGAAGCAGCCCACCAUCUUCCAGAACAAGAAGCGCGUGCUGCUGGGCGAGGGCGGCAAGGAGAAGCUACCCCGCUACUACCGCAACAUCGGCCUCGGCUUCAAGACCCCCAAGGAGGCCAUCGAGGGCACCUACAUCGACAAGAAAUGCCCCUUCACCGGGAACGUCUCCAUCCGCGGGCGCAUCCUGUCCGGUGUGGUCACCAAGAUGAAGAUGCAGCGCACCAUCGUCAUCCGCAGGGAUUACUUGCAUUACAUCCGCAAGUACAACCGGUUUGAGAAGCGGCACAAGAACAUGUCCGUGCACCUGUCCCCCUGCUUCAGAGAUGUCCAAAUUGGAGACAUUGUGACUGUGGGGGAGUGCCGUCCGCUCAGUAAGACUGUCCGAUUCAACGUUCUCAAAGUCACAAAGGCGGCUGGCACCAAGAAGCAGUUUCAGAAAUUUUAAAGGCAGCUAAUUGGGAAACCCAGGAUCAAUAAAUCUUUUCUUAAAACUUA